CGACUCUUUUAUAUAUAAACCUAUAUAAAAUUCCCGGUCCGUAAAGGGGUGGUCGGUAGAGUAGUAGCCUAGCUUAUUUGCGAAACCACGCACCGAGAAACGCUUCUACUGUUUCAACUCGCACAGCAAACGAGCAAGGAAGAUAAUAUGACGUCGAAUAUCAUCAAGCUCCCUGGCAAGAUCUCUGCCUACACGUUUCUCUCCCGAGGAGCAGUUGGAUGGGUGUAUCAGAUUAACGAUCGUAUCGCGCUCAAGUUCGCUCGUGAGCUGGACUCCGAAGAAUUCGCUAAAGAGAACGACAUGUUCGAUCUCUUUGAGAAGCAUCCACCCUGCCCACAUGUCAUUCAAAGCUUCCUGCGCCUUCCAAAUGCCAACUUCCUCGCCUUCAUGAGCGGCGGGUCUCUUGAUGACCGCCUACGGUCACAUCAGAUCCGCGACGGCCAUUUCGGAAAGGUCCUCCGCGUGGUCAAGACAGAGCCGGUAGAGCUGGUGGAACGAUGGCUCAGAGAACUCUGCGGUGCGGUGGUCUGGCUGGAAUCUCUAGGGUAUGUCCACGGCGACUUACGCCCGAACAACUUUCUGCUGGACGGAAGGGAUCAUCUCAAGCUAGGGGAUUUCGAUUGCGCCGAGAAGGUUGGCGAGCCUUCUAGCGGGAAUGGCGCCCCCUGGGCUCGGGUCCUGGGCGAGGACGCCGAUGAGGUAGGGGCCCGGAGGGGCUCUUUUGGAAUCAACGGGCCGAGAACCGAGCAGUUUGCCAUCGGGUCCAAUCUUUACUGCAUGGUGUACGGCCUCGAGCCGUACGAGGAUAGGGACGAUCGGGGCCCGAUCAUUGUUAAGUUACUGCGGGACAUGAAGUUCCCGGAGCUACGAGAUGGGCAUUUGGACUCUAUCAUUUCCCGGUGCUGGAGAGGGCGCUAUCGGCAGCUGAAGGAUCUGCUGGAAGAGGUAGAGGCAAUCAGUGGUAUGACGCCUUCGUCGGAAGCUAUGAGCAUCUCGAGGGAAUAUCUCGACGACUAUCGAAACGAAUGCCAGGCGUUGGUUGAAGACGGACUGUUGGGGAAUAUGUCACGAUCUGCUAACCCUAUUAGUACUCCUAAGGGUGUGCGGGGGCCUGAUAGUAGAAAGGAGGCUAGCUAAGGGCUUGGCUAUAGAAAUGUAGAAAUAAUAAUUGGUUGGUCCUGUCAUAGUGUUGGCUGUAGGUCACCUGUCGAUACGGGGUUUAAUGGGUUCAAUGUAACUAGCUCUGACGAAAGUAAGAGGCUUAGACCACCUAGAAGUCUUUCCAUUAGGUACUUAUUUAGUUAACGGUAAUGGGAGCGUAAGAACCCAGUCCCAAUGGAGUUCCGGC